UUACAGUUUCUGAUUAAACGCAGCAGCAUUUUCAAGAAUGUAUCGGUUGGUUGGUCACGUGACUGCAGUAGAAAAUGGAGUAGAUGUAAGACGACGACCAUUGUUUGAUGAUCAGAAAGAAUAUUCAGUUGGAGGAUGUAAGGAUUGUUAUAUAAAGAUAGAACAUGCUGUUCAGAAUGAAUUGGCCAGAAUAUGCAUAGAUGAAAAAAAUAAUAUUUCUAUUAUGCCAUUGUUACCUUCCCAUCAACUGACAGUGAAUUUUGAGCCUGUGGAUGGUCUUGUUUCAUUAGAAGACAAUGAUAUCUUUACUGUUGCUGGUCAAAUGUUCAGAAUAACCACCAAAGCUGGAAUGGCCAGUGGAGACCCAUCUGAGGAAGCAUACAUUGCACUGAAAAGUGUUAUCAAAAACGUAUUCACCAAAAAGUAUAAGCUGAAGGAUGCACUGGUUUAUUUUAAAGCAGCCUUCAAAAAAUGUCAAGAUGACCACAAAGAAAAACUGAUGAAAUUAACAUUUGAUGAAAACUCCUUACUGAACUUGGCCUGUACAGAAGGUGACCUUGAACUUGUUACAUAUCUUAUAGAUAAUUGUAACUGGGAUGUGAAUUAUUGUGAAGGUACCCAGCAUCCUCCUUUACAUUCAGCCAUUUUGAAUAAACAUGUGGAAAUUGUUUCCUACUUACUUGCAUUUGGUGCUGACACUAAUCUAGUCGAUUCUAUGGGUUACAAGCCCCUGAAUUAUGCCUACAGAUGUACAGAUACCAGAGCAUUGGAAUUAACAAAAAUGUUAGUGUCAGAUGGUGCAGAUAUAAAUUGUACCACUAUUGCUGGUAAAGGUCAAAAACUAGAAUGGGGACCAGUCAGUGAGAAUAGAAAGAUAAAAUUUAAAGAUGAAGAAGUUAUUGAGAUAGUUGGGGAUUCUGACAAUCUAUACAUUGGACAAGAUGAACAUCCAAUGAUCUUCUGUGCAUUGGUUGAUGAGUUUGAGAUAUUCGGUUAUUUUAUUGAAAGGGAUGGAAUUCCCAACGACAUCCUAUGUAAUGCACUUGAUGUAUAUGGUGCAACAUUGGCACUCAAUUCAAGGUUUGAACAAUCUUUAAUUUUAUUGAGAGCAGCUACAGAUAUGAGAUAUGGGGAUCCUGAUAAUAAGUUGGAAAAAGAAAAUGUGAGGGAACGGAGACCAGUCUAUAAUUAUAGGAGUGAGAUGAUGUGCCUUGAGGACUUCAAUAAUUUAGAGAGUAACCCAAGUUCUAUUUCUAUGAUGACUCAAGCGGUGUUGAUUUACGAAAGGGUUCUACCUUUAUAUACUGAACAAUAUCUGGAUGGAUUGUUAACUCUAACAAACAAAUGUGUUGAUGAGGGCCAUUAUGAAAUGGCAAUAGGUCUCCAUGUUGAGUUACAGAGAGCAUACUGUAAUGCCGCUAUGGAAAGGAUAUCUGUGUUAAAAUAUGACGAUUGUGGAACUAGUAUUGCAAACAUGUUGACAUUACUGAACAAUUCCCGUUGGAGACCAUCAUUUGAAGAUAAAAUGGUAGUUUGUGAGCAGUCAUACCAAGCAAUCUUGUCAAACACUCAAUUUAAUGAAACCUACAAUCCUUUCACAGAUAACGUUAUCUUUGCAUGCUGCUUUGCAUCCAUGCGUUAUAUAAUGAGUUUUCUACAAGAUCAAAACAUUGAACACAAAAUAGUUUUUUACCAGUUCAUAAAGAAAUUAGUGGACAGUGAUUUUAGAGAUGAAGAUGGUAAUACUAUGCUCUAUAAAGCCUUAGAGCUUCAAGAAUUUAGCUUCUGUGAUGAAUGUAGCGUGUUGAACAAUUAUGAUAAUACUGACAUCAUAAAGUUAUUGUUUCAGUAUAAUAUAGAUGUAAAUAGCACUUCUUAUGAAGGGAAUACAGCUCUUCAUUCUCAUAUGCAUUUCAUAAAUAGAUCAGAAAUGAAUGAUGAAGAUAGAGAUAUGAUUAGACUGUUAGUGAAGCAUGGCAGCCAUCUUGAUUCACAAAACAAGAAAGGAGAAACAGUUUUAGAUCUGCUUCGAGUGGGAAAUCAUGAUUUGUAUGAUUUAAACUUACUACCCUUGCAGUGUAUGGCAGCUUCAGUGGUAGCAGAAUAUAAACUGUUGGUUGGGAAUGAAUACCCUGAGGCAAUUGUUUCAAUUGUAAAACAACAUGAGUUACCAACUUAGUUGAUGGAGCAGUGAAACAAAAAUUAAAUGUUAGAAGUGUAAUACCACUAAAUUAUAGUACAUAACAUCUGGUUGUAUAUGAAAAAGGGUGGGAAAUAAAUAUUCCAUUUAAUUUGGCAGUUGUAAGAAAUUAAUCCAACAUUUCAUUGCAGUAAAAAAUUACCUAGUCAUAAACAAAUAUCUUGGGUGUUUCAAGGCACAAUUAUUUUUUAAUUUGGUGUUUCAAUAUAAUUUUAUUUUGGAAACUUGAGGUUACAUAGUUACUGAAGUUUGUACAUUAGAAAAAAAGGAGGGUUAAAGGAGAAGGUU